CAAUGACGUCACGAUUACGUCACGGCAUACACGUUCAGGGAUUCCCUGGAAACUGCAGAAGUAUUAUCAUAGGGAUUCCUGUGGGUGAUCAUGCAGGCUGUAACAGAUGGUAAUGGAAAUAAUGCUGCCUUCACUAUGGCCUCGGAACUCCGCUUUCUGCCACUGUGGGCAAAGUCACAGUUAGCGCACAUCUUGGAGGUCACUCAUGGCUGGCGGGAGAUCAUGGGUCGAGUGCCAAGUAUGCCAUGGGUGCCUGGAGAACCAAUUCCAGAGGGUCUUCAUUAUCCUAGAAAAUACACAUCUGAUGAUAUUCAACUAGUAGUUGAAGAAUGUGCUCGAGAUCGCCGUGAAGGCUUUGAGGUCCUUGUUGAAGAAUGGGGAACCAGUGGAAGGAAGAGACCUACUUUGCAAGACCUUGUAAAUCUCCUGGAACGGGCAAAACUGUACAGAGCUGUUGACUACUUAACUGUCAAGGUUUUAAAUGGCGAGCCCCAGAGCAGGGACCAGAGUGAAGAGGAGCUGUUUGAUAAGUUGGAGAGAGCAAUACAGAAUGACCAAAGAGUCCACCAAGACAUUGUUCAUGGGACCUUCUCUGUUGGAGUGGUCAAAGAUACCCCAGACACACUCACGACAGACAGGCUAAGUGAGAGAUCUGCAGACGAUUCUCGAGUGCAAGUGAAUGAGGAGCCAACCAGAGUGAUGGAUGUUUCCAGGAAUGUUCUAGCUGCAUCACCAGGAAGAGAAGAAAAUCAGCAGCCACGAUUCAAUCCAGAAGUCCUGGAGGAUUUAGACAGUUCAGGCGUUCCACAUUUCAGAUACUCCAUGCUGAAGCAGAUCACCCAGAACUUCUCUGACUUGCCUUUAGAUUAUGGUGGAAAUAAAUUAGGAGAAGGAGCAUUUGGGGUGGUCUACUUGGCAAAAAUGUAUGUUGGUGGAAAGGAAAAAAAAGUUGCAGUCAAGAGGCUAAAUUCAGGAGAAGCCAGAGUUGAGCAGCAGUUCAAAACAGAGAUUGAAAUUUUAUCAAGAUGUAUACAUGAGAACUUAUUGCCCUUAGAGGGUUACUCAUGUGAUGGCCCAGACUGGUGUCUUGUGUACACUUACAUGUCCAAUGGAAGUCUUCAAGACAGACUUGCCUGCUUAGGUGGGACUGAACCUUUAGACUGGAACACGAGAGUCCGUAUUGGAGAAGGAGCGGCUCGUGGCAUAGUGCAUCUCCAUACAUUCCAGGAGCGACCACUAGUUCACAGGGACAUUAAAAGUGCAAACAUUCUUCUUGAUGGUAAACUUGUACCAAAGGUUGGUGACUUCGGUUUAGUUCGUUUAGGAGGCAGUGGCACUCACACGUGCACACUCAUCAAAACCACUACAGUCUUUGGCACCUCUGCUUACAUGGCCCCUGAAGCCUUUAGGGGAGAUAUCUCUGUGAAAAUGGACACCUUCAGCUUUGGAAUUGUCAUAUUAGAACUUCUCACUGGACUACCUUCUUAUGAUGAGGAACGUGAAGGUUGCGAUUUGCUAUCUCAUGUCCUGGAAACGGAAGGGGAAAAGAGCGAAUUGCUAGAUGUACGUGCAGGCGGCUGGGACCCAGACACAGCAUCUCAGCUCUUUGAUUUGGCUGAGCUUUGUACUGAUGACAAGAGGAGACGGCCUACUAUGGUUCAGGUGCUCGAAAAUUAUUCAUCUAUUGUAAAUAGUUAGUAAAAGUUUAAUUCACAGAUA